AUGCCCUUUCUGUUAGUGGAUCCGUUACACCCUACCAACCGCGUUCUUAGAACCACCUUGCCGUCACCCCUCCCUCACUCCCCGCCGUCGCCUCUCCUCACCCCCCACCGUCGCCUCUCCCUCCCCCCCCGCCGUCGCUCUCUCUUCCUCCUCGUCGUCGCCUCUCCCUCCCUUCCCGCCGUCGCCUUUGAAGGGGAGAGAGGGAGUGUGAGGGAAUGUGUGCGCAUGGGAGCGAGCACGCAUGCGCAUAGCGCGCUGGCGUCAAACGCGCUGGCGCCUAGCGCGCUGGCGCAUAGCGUGCUGGUUCCUAGCGCGCUGGCGCCUAAUGUGCAGGCGCCUAUUGCGCUGGCACCUAACGCACUGGCGCUUGCUGCGCUGGUGCCUAACACGCUGGCGCCUAAUGCGCUGGCGCCUAACGCGCUGGCGCCUAAUGCGCUGGCGCCUAGCGCGCUUGCGCCUAAUGCGCAGGCGCCUAGAGCGCUGGCGCCUAACGCACUAGCGCCUAGCGCGCUGGCGCUUGCUGCGCUGGCGCCUAACGCGCUGGCACCUAGCGCGCUAGCGCAUAGCGUGCUGGCGCCAAACGCGCCGGUGCCUAAUGCGCAGGCGCAUAGCGUGCUGGCGCCUAACGAGCUGGCGCCAAACGCGCCAUCGCCAAACGCGCCGGCGCCAAACGCGCCGGCGCCAAACGCGCCGGCGCCAAACGCGCCGGCGCCUAAUGCGCAGGCGCAUAGCGCGCUGGCGCCUAACGCACUGGCGCCUUACGCGCUGGCGCCUUACGCGCUAACGCAUUACGCGCUGGCGCCUAACGCGCUGGCGCCUUACGUUUGGCGCCUUGCAGGUGCCCUCGCAGCGCGCUGGCACCUUGUAGCAUGCUGGCGGCUUGUGCGCUGCUGCAUUGUUUGCGGCGCAGCCUUGUUGCGGCAGCGCGCUGGUAAAUUAUUGCGCACGCUCAUGCGUUGCUGCAGUGAGCUCACGCCUUGCUGCAGUGAGCUCACGCGUUGCUGCAGUGAGCUCACGCCUUGCUGCAGUGAGCUCAUGCCUUGCUGCAGUGAGCUCACGCAUUGCUGCAGUGAGCUCACGCGUUGCUGCAGUGAGCUCACGCCUUGCUACGGCAGCCCGCUUGCUCCUCUGCCGGUGGUGCCUUGCUGCAACUCUCUAGCGCCUUGUAGCAUGGCGAUGCCCAGCUCGUUGCACCAAUGCACCUUUCUCGCUGGAGCCACCAACAUGGUGUGCUUGACCCCAGGGGAUCUAUGCCUCAAACCACGUUUGUGA